CAUUGCAAUGCAGAUACAGGCACUGAGGAGCCCUCCCAGCUAACUCACGUGUUUCCCGCCUUUCCGCUCAGAGAGGAUGCUGGGAGUGUUCUUUCCUCCCUAGGCUCCGCCCACCUCUGCCGUCAGUCGAAGUCACCGCAGUUCCAAAUCCGUUAUGGUGACGUCAUGAGCGUGCUGCUGCCCAAUAUGGCGGACUUCGAUACUAUCUACGAGUUGGACGAAGAAGAGGACGAUGAUAGUGAGGAGCAGGACUCGGGGCGCGGCCGGGUAGUGGACGAUGAGUACUUACUGAGAUACGCUCCGGACCCGGUGGUGGUUCGGGGAGCCGGCCAUAUUACCGUGUAAGAAAGGAGGGGGGAGCUGGGAAAGGCCUCACCUACAACCCCUGACUGACUGGCACUCGUACUGACUGACUGCCACUCAUACUCUGCAAGCCCUGACUGCCACUCGUACUGACUGACUGCCACUCGUACUGACUGACUGCCACUCGUACUGACUGCCACUCGUACUGACUGACUGCCACUCAUACUCUGCAAGUCCUGACUGCCACUCGUACUGACUGACUGCCACUCGUACUGACUGACUGACUGACACUCGUACUGACUGACACUCAUACUCUGCAAGCCCUGACUGACACUCAUGCUGACUGACUGCCACUCGUACUCUGCAAGCCCUGACUGCCACUCGUACUGACUGACUGACUGACACUCAUACUCUGCAAGCCCUGACUGACACUCAUACUGACUGACUGACACUCAUACUGACUGACUGACACUCAUACUGACUGACUGACACUCAUACUGACUGACUGACACUCAUACUGACUGACUGACACUCAUACUGACUGACUGACACUCAUACUGACUGACUGACACUCAUACUGACUGACUGACCUACUUCUCAUACUGACUGACUGACACUCAUACUGACUGACUGACACUCAUACUGACUGACUGACACUCAUACUGACUGACUGACACUCAUACUGACUGACUGACUGACACUGAUACUGACUGACUGACUGACUGACUGACUGACACUGAUACUGACUGACACUGAUACUGACUGACUGACACUGAUACUGACUGACUGACACUGAUACUGACUGACUGACACUGAUACUGACUGACUGACACUGAUACUGACUGACUGACACUGAUACUGACUGACUGACACUGAUACUGACUGACACUCAUACUGACUGACUGACACUCAUACUGACUGACUGACACUCAUACUGACUGACUGACACUCAUACUCUGCAAGCCCUGACUGACACUCAUACUGACUGACUGACACUCAUACUCUGCAAGCCCUGACUGACACUCAUACUGACUGACUGACACUCAUACUGACUGACUGACACUCAUACUGACUGACUGACACUCAUACUGACUGACUGACACUCAUACUGACUGACUGACACUCAUACUGACUGACUGACACUCAUACUGACUGACUGACACUCAUACUGACUGACUGACACUGAUACUGACUGACUGACACUGAUACUGACACUGACACUGACCGACUGACACUGAUACUGACCGACUGACACUCAUACUCUGCAAGCCCUGACUGACACUCAGACUGACUGACUGACACUCAGACUGACUGACUGACACUCAGACUGACUGACUGACACUCAGACUCUGCAAGCCCUGACUGACACUCAGACUCUGCAAGCCCUGACUGACACUCAGACUCUGCAAGCCCUGACUGACACUCAGCCUCAUGCACACAGCCCGUCUUACAGCUUUAUUUCAUGUUUCACAGGGUUGCCUUUGAGAGCUAUGUACAGAUACUGCUUGUAUUCCUUGCCAUAACUCACAGCUUUGCUAUCUUUGCUUCAUGUUUCUGGCGGAGAGUGAUGUGUGUUGUGUAAAUAAUUACAAAUGUUACAUAUAUGCUUCUCCAGUCUGUCACAUAAUGUCAUUGAGACCCUACAGUUGUACUAGGACUACAGAUCCUGUGAUGCUUAAAGGGACACCAUAGGCACCCAGAACACUUCAGCUCAUGGAAGUGGACUGGGUGCAAUGUCCCUGCCCCCCCCUUAAUCCUGCAAUGUAAAAGUUUAUAUUGCAGUACUAAAACAGCCUCUAGAGGCACUCCCAGGAGUUUCUAGAUUAAAUGACACUGGACGUCUUCACACUCUGCAUAAGGAUAUUUAGCAUCAAUGAAAUCUCUAUAGCAAAGUAUUGAGUCAAUUCUUUCUUAUGGGGAGGAUUUGUGUACAUCUGUACGAACUCUGACAAGGUAUAUACAUUUUGUACUCCCAACUGUGUGUCUAUUGGGUGUAUUUUGGUAUUUAUUUAGUGUGCCAAUAUUAUAGCCUUUACAGGCUUAUUCACUAAAAUGACAGCAGUGUAGAUUUCAAAUUUAAGACCAAAUAGCCAAGCUGAAACCUCAAGUGACUUGGAGAUUAUGUCUAAUCAAACUAUUUAGGCAUAAAUUUGGGAUCUUCGUUUGAAUAACAGCAUUUCUCAAUUUAGUAAAUAACAUUGUAAAUGUCUGAAAUGUUCAAGGUAUUUAUGAUAACCUUUUUAAGAUGUCUGGUUUGUGAUAACCUUAAAAAUGUAUAUAUUUUAUUAUUAUUAUUAUUAUUAUUUUUUUUUAAGUUUACACUAGGAAGUGCCUCUAGUGGUAGUCUGAUACCCAACUGGUGUGUUCUCAAAUGUAAACAUGGCCGCUUGUUAGAAACAGCAGUAUUUUAUAUUGUCAAAGGACAUCAUCUGUGCACCUAUCACUAUAAGUAUCUAUUGUGGAUGACACACAAAGGUAUCAGUGGUUCCUACUUUCUCUUGGGUAUGUGUUUCUCUAGCAUUGGGUCACUGUGACUCGUUCUCUGACAGGCUACUAGACAGAGCUUUUCUUUUUGGUAGCUCCUGUUGGCAAAUGCAAAAAGGCAAUUGUAGACGCUUCCAUGUAUAAAGAGGCAGAAUUUUCAGAUCAAUAAAAUUAUGGGAAAUCAGUUUUACUAAAUUCGGGAAUUGGGCAUAGGGUUCUUGAGUGGAGGCAAAACAGAUUUUUUUUUUUUUUUCCAAAAGAGCUAGACUUUUUGCAGGAAAGAUAGCAAAUUAAAAAUAUUAUAACUAAGUUUGAAAUACUGUAAAUGCUUAGAUAUCGAAUGGUCUAACUCCACCUCCAGCUGCAUCUUUAGCCAGCUUGGAAUGAGGGUUCCAGGUUGGCUAAUGCCAAUUCUGCAUAUUCCAUGCACACUUAUUUGUUGGCUGAGAGUGCUAAAUUGACAGCUGAAUGAGCAGGGGUAUCGGAAUCUGGCUUUAGCAGCUCUGCUAAAGCUGAUGGAUGUUAAGCUGGCUUUGAGGGACACUUGGUGCCCUGCGGGCCCAAGCUAAAAGCACACUGCUGCAAAAUGUUUCCUCCCCCCGCCCCUCCUUUUUUGGGGGGGGGGGGGGGGAGGGGGUAUGGCGCCAAGCUACUCCUUGCUUCUUUUCCAUCACAGUGGCCUGCAGUGGUAAUGUUGCUUGGAGUUAUCCUUUAACCCUUUAAGGCAUGACAUGUCAUGAUUCCCUUUUAUUCCAGAAGUUUGGUCCUUAAGGGGUUAAAGCGGCCCACCACCCUUAAAAAUUUGCAUUUAUACUCCAAAUUAGUGUUGGAAUUUCAUCGAUAUUCCAACACAGUCAAAAAAAAUCGUAAGACAAAAUAGGAACUAGCUCCUGCUGUCAAGCCUUCAGUAGUGGCGACUAAGGGGUAAAGGGCAUUGUUUAUGGGAUCCUCCAAAGACAUCAGUGUUGUACUCGUGUGCAUGUGCCAGAGCUCGCUGUCAAUGCCCGCCCUCUUCUACCGCAACCCUCCUAAGCCAAAAGUUUGUAUGCAAACACAAUAUAUAGAGAUAGAUAUAUUUAUAUAUCUAUCUCUCUAAAUAUAGUUUGUAUACAUACACAUUGUAAAUAAAUAUUGUUAAAGACACAGACAAACACACUCUAUUUCUAUCUAUUUCUAUGUACACCCGCUCCGUCUCACUCGCUCUAGUUUUAAAAUAAGAUUACUUACUGUUUGAAGUCAGUAGAUUCUCCUGCCUUCAGCCUGUCAGCCUGAGCCCACGCUGUGUGCAGGAGAUCCUUAUCUCCCACACUGUCGCUCAGGGUUACCACAGGACACAUGAGGCAAUCUCACAGUGCCUCCUGUGUCCUGAUAGCACGUUUGAUGUCUUCAGCCAAGCGUGAAGACAUCAAACGUAAUGAAUGCGAAUUAGGCAGCAGUUUACUCGGAAGUCCCAUUACUCUGAAUGACUGCCACUCGAGGUGUUCCUAGUUUCCAAGGUAAACACUACAUUUUCUCAGAAAAUGGGGUUUACCUGAAAAGGGCUGCAGGGAGCUAUUGUACUCAUCUGAACAACCCCAUUAAGCUAAAGUUGUUCAGGUGACUAUAGUGUCCCUUUAAGCAAUGUUUCCAUUUCUCCUCUUUGUUUGUUUGUAACAUUUGUUCUGGCUUUGCCUUGUCAGAUUUGGAUUAUAAUAUGCUAAACCUUUGAUAUUAAAGUGGCUCUGAAAACUUGCCUUUCUCCUAUUGUUACUCUUCCUUUUCUCUUUCCCAAUCUGUACUUAUCUUUAUUCUGUUCUAUUUCUCUUGAAAACACAGGACAAAUUGGAGGACUAAUUAGAGGACUAAAAGGGUGGAGCUUAACCAUGCUCAACUUCCUUUGUCACAGAAAAUUCUAACACAAUGUCCCGCGAGAUCUUUGUGCGUAAUUUCUACUGAUAGUAGACUUGGUCUAUUUGUCCAUUUGUCCGAAAGAUGAAUGAGCAAAUACAAAUUACAACAAAUUCCUCGUUGGAUGAAAUUUUCAUGCAAUUAGUUAAUUUAUUUUAGUUACAAGGAGGGAGCUACCAGCUCGCAUCUCCCUCCUUGUAAUAUUUAGUAAUAGCGAUUGGGGAGCUUUGCUCCCUGCCACUGAUGCUCCCCUCACCCUAUGCCGGUCAAUAUGACCCCCAUAUUCGUAUACAUAUUAUACGGAGGUUAAAAACGAUGUGCUGCGAGUAGGAACAUUUCUACUAAGCAGAAAAGUCAACGUUCCCCUUUAAAUAAUCAAACAUAGAGUUGGAUUAUGAAUCUGACACCAAGAGGCCCAAACAGUGGUAAUUUUAGAUAAGUCCCAUCUGUGAGGCUUUUAUCUGUCCUGAAUGCCUGGAGCAGGUAAAAAAAAAUUGGCGGUAGAACCAGUUGCUAAAGCAAUGGCUACGUUUGGUCAGAGAGCCAGUGGCUUUAUUUUCCAUGUAUAGUGUGUUUUUUUUUAUUAACCUGUUUUGAAGCAAGAUUUUGCUUCUUUAAUUCUAUUCAUUUUAUUCUGUAAUUUUUCUUUAUAUGACUGAAUUACUAAUUUUCCUUUAAAAUGAAACAUUUUUUGAAGCUCAUUUUAAUGCCAUGUUGAUUUAGAUCAUGGGUCGUCAACCUGGUCCCUACUGCCCACUAGUGGGCGUUUCAGGAUUCCAGGUGGGCGGUAGGGUUUUCGGCGGCACAACAAGCUAUUGCUAAAUUCUCCUUUUUAGAGAGUGGGCGGGCGGGCGCGAGUAGGCAAACACACAGGAAAGUACGAACUCAUGCAAACACGAGAAUGCGUGCACGCGAACAAGAGAAUGCAUGCGUGCGCGAACGUGUCAACGCGAGUGUAACAUGUGGGAAGAGGAAGGGGAGGAGUGUGAGCUGAUGCACGAUAGCAGGGUACAGGCAGACAUGCAGCAGUGCAGUUGUAAAAUAGGAGAAAGAAAAUAGGCAGGACAAGGAGAGAAUUGUUGUUGGCUAAUAAUAAGCCGGCUAACUAGCUCAACCUUACUUUUGUAUAUUGCCAUAAGGAAGGUAAAAGAAAAGCAUUAAAAAAAAGAGAUAAAAAGGAGAACAAAAAAAUAAAAAGGGGGGGAGGAAAGAAAAAUAGAAAAAAGGGGAUAAAAUAAAGGAGGAGAGGACUUGUAAAAAGGGAGAAAGAAGGAGCAGAUUACUUGUAGAAUCGGAGAAAGAAGGGGCGCAGAGUACUUGUAGAAUAGAAGGGGCAGAGUAUUUGUGGAAAAAAAAGAAAGAAAGAAGGAAUAUAAAAAGGAAAAGGUGAGAAUUGUUGUUGGCUAAUAAUAGUAAGUGGGCUACCUAGCUCAUCCUUCCUGCUGGGCAUUGCUAUAAGGAUGGUAAAAAAAAUCGAAAAAAGGGGGUGGGGGGGAAUUGAGGAGGGGAGCUGAUGCACAGAUGAGAAAUCAUAUUAUGAGCAAACAGAGAAGUUGUCUGAAUAUCACUAAAAGAGGAGACCAUUGUUUGUUCCUUACGAAAAUCGAACCAGAUAUCAAAUAAUUAGUCUCGCAGCAUCAACCUCAACGAUCUCAUUAAUCACUAGUUAAAGGUAAUUACAAUUUACUUUUACUCAUUAAACUUACAAAGUUAAAAACAUUAGAAACAUGCAUAAAGUAGAAAUAAAAAGAUUAAUGUACGUACAAUUUUUUUUAUUAUUAUUUAUUUAUUUUACAACACCCUCCUUUCUAAAAAAUAUUCUGCAUUUGUGUGAAAACUGGUGGGUGGUAAGGGAAUUUUUCCAUCAAGAAAGAUGUAUUAGUUGGCAGUAGGUAGAAAAAGGUUGACUACCCCUGAUUUAGAUGAAUGUCUCUUAAGUGACCAACCUGCCUUUAACAUAUUAUUUUGCUGUUAGCAUAGGAAAGUUUGGCUUCUAAAAUAGAAUAGUUUUGCAAAUAUGAUGCCUACUUGGAGCUGACUAUGUUCUCUUUUCUCUUCAUAGAUUUGGCUUGAGCAACAAAUUUGAUGCUGAAUUCCCCUCCGUUUUAACAGGAAAGGUAAGCCUUUUUCAAAGUAACCUUCAAUUGGCAUGUUUUGAGUACAUGUGUGCUGUCCUAAAAUAAUGCACUAUUUACAUGUUGAGAUGUUAAACUUUGUUUUGUUUUUUUCCUUCUUCAAUAAAUGGUCAUGCUGUUUAGUCUGACCAUAUAAUUUUAAUGAUGCCGGUAAUUCAAUUUUUUGUACAUCUAUAUUAGAGGUCUUUCUACCUUGUCCCCAACUUAAACAACAUAAAGGUACUCUAGAGAUGCAGUCAUCUUAGUGAAGCAUGAUUCUAACUAGGAUACCUCUUCAGUAUUUUUAAUUUGUUACUGCAAUCCAAUCUACCCAGUUCAGGAAGCAUUUGGCAUAAAUAUAUUUAUAUGUUAAGUGCUUAUUAAAUAUCAUGGCCAGUUAUUUAAAGUGAAAAUGAAAACCAUGGACCUAAUUUAGUGUAUAAAUAUAGAUUCGUUUUUUGCUCUUCAACAUGUUGUUGGAGUUUUUUUUCUUAUUGCAUGGCAUUUGUCACAAUUAAGUUGCUUGUCUUUUAAUUUGUGUAAUGUCUCUGUUUAGCAGCUGUUGGGGGAGAGGUAUGUAUUCAUUGUAUUUUUAUUUUGGUGUAUAUAGAAAAUGUUUGUACCCUAUGUUUUGCUGUUCAUCUGUGACGUUAAUACUGCUUAAUUAGAAAACUAACCAUUUCUGAUAAACUUAAGUUUGUCAGAAUGUCUUUCUGAAUGAUCCGUUGUUGUUAAUUUUUUCUGUAAAGGGCUUUAAGGGCUUGUGCUUUAUUUGAAUCUAAAUCAAGAAAUAUAUCACUUGGACAUUGUGUUUACAUUGUCUAGAUUUGCAUCAUGUUGACUUUUGUCAGAAAUGGUUACUCUGAUUGCAUUUAUCACAAAGUGUAGGCUACCAAAUCCAACUAUAUUUAUAAAUGAAAAAAUAAGCUUAAUUUAAACAACUGAAUUUAUUCCUAUUUAAUAAGAUUUUGAACAAUACAAAUGGUGGAUCUAUCUUGCAGAAUGUUUUUAUAUCAUAAGGUCCACUUAGGUAAGUGGCACUCUUGGUUAUGGUGCAAGAAAGUUGCACAAAAUAUAUUAAAUUCUGAUAAUACAUGCCUUAUCAAAUAUGUUAACAUUUAACAUUUCAAAUACAAAAAGGAAGCAAAAGUAGAUAACAAAUAUUAUUUAACUUUUUUGUGACUUGUCCUUUAUGUAUGACAUUUGCCUAAUAAGUAAAAUUUUGUUAUCUUAAUCAUUGGUAUUCGUUUAUACUUCUCCACUCUGAAAAUAGGACCAAAGAAAAGCGAAAACUAUGGUCAAAGCAUCUAAUGAUUCACUUUAUAUAGAGGGACACUCUUAAGUACCAAAACUGUUAAUGCGGCACUGUCACCAUCUGGGGACUUUGCAGAAGUUUUAAAGACCCUGGAUGGUGAGCUCUACUUAUCUCAAUCUGUCAUUCGUGGGCACAGCAAAUUCGGGUCCAAAAGUAGUCCAUACUUUGUCUUGUGUUUUUAGUUACAAAUGGAUGGGAAAAAACAAAGACCGAGUAUGAAAGAGGAAGCGAUUGGGGAAAAGAAAAGUAUAGCGUGACAGAGCCACUUUAAUGAAGCAGUUUUUGUGUGUAGAUCAUGCCCCUGCAGUCUCAGUAAUCUGCCAUUUAAUUUUGUUAAAUUAAUCAUGUUUCUGUAUAUGCAGUCUUUGCGUUUUUGUUUUUAUUCUUUAGUCAGAUUUUACACCACAGUGUCUUUACUUUAGAAGUUUUUUAUCGCUUGCUCUAGUAAUUGAACAUUAAUCAUACACAUGAGGCUCUAGCGUACAACAGAGCAGGAGAUAAGAAAUUCUAAUUUAAGCAGACUGAAUAAGACACAUAAAAAAGGAAAAUAGGUCUCGCCACAAUAAACUGUAACGUAAUAUAAACUGCAGUAAUGUACUUGCAUAUAUCAGAGCAAAAUUUACAAUAGUCCUGAUAUAAAAUGGACAGGUAGAGAACCAGGUAGACUUGCAGAAGCUUGAGUUUGAUGUGGGUCUGUAUAGGUUGUGGAUCUUGAAAUGGUCAAGUUUUCUUGGUUCAGAUUAGAAAAUGUGAACACAGAAAGAAAAACUCCAAUAGUGUAAACUGCAACUGACAAUAAACCGGAAAAUGGAAAAUUUCACAGCAGGGUGGUAUUUACACUUCCCUAUUGGAGAGCUAGAACUAGCUCAGGUAUAACUGGCAUUCAGUGGCGUCGAUCCCUCACUGGUAGGAUAUAGUCAUUUAUUUCAUUUUUUAUUUAACCUGUUCAUCCACUACAUUGGAGCAUUUACCCGCCCAAGAAUCCUAGGUGGGGUUUGUACCACCCACGCUAUUACAGUGAGCAGUAUAUUCCUGCUCACUCAAAUGUGAGUACUUUACUUUUCUAUAUUAACCUGCCUUAUAAGAAAUACAGUGGGCACUAUAUUUGGUUUUAUUUCUUCCCAAUACCGAGGACCUCUUCCGCCUACCAACACCCAUAUCCUACCAGUGGGGGAUCGACGCCACUGAAUGCAAGUUAUACCUAAGCUAGUUCUAGCUCUCCAAUAGGUGAGUGUAAAUACCACCCUGCUGUGAAGUUUUCUUUUUCCGGUUUAUUGUCAGUUGCAGUUUGCACUAUUGGAGUUCUUCUUUCUGUGUUCACAUAUUCUAACCUGAGCCAAGAAAACUCAACCAUGUUAAGAUCCACAACCUACACAGACCCACAUCAAACACAAGCUCCUGCAAGUCUACCUGGUUCUCUACCUGCCCAUUUUAUAUCAGGACUAUUGUGAAUAUUGCUCUGUUUAAUAUAUGUAAGUAAUUUACUGCAGUUUAUAUUACGUUAGUUUAUUGUGGCGCGACCUAUUUUCCUUUUUUUUUUUUUUUUUUUUUUUUUUUUUUUUUGAGGGUUUGUGAGGGAACCUCAUAUUCAUAGGUUGCAGCCCUACACUUAUCUUAGCUUCAGGUUGAUCAUAUAAGCGCUGAUUCAACUUCUAUCUGUUUGAAUUAGACACAUGCCUACCUUUUAGUAUAUGACCAGACCAUGUACAUGCACCCUGGGUAGGACCGUGUUUGAAAACCUCUUUAUAGUCUCUAUGGUCUUUCCUGCUUUCUCUGCACAGAGUAACACCAGAACAACUGUCUAAACCAAAGUAUAUGUAAAUGGCUUGGAUCCUGUCCUAUACUAAAGGUAGGAAUUGUUUUUCUCCUUUCCUUUUUAUAUAUUCAUUUAACAAAUCAAUUUCCUUUCAAAAUUUAAUGAAAGGAUUUGUUAAUUUAAAAGAUAGUGAUGAGGUGACCGUUCCCUUUAACUCCCAAAUGGCAGAGAAUUGAGCAAUGAGACUGCGCAGGGGAAUGAUGUAUACACCAAAACAACUUAAUUUAGAUAAGUUGUUUUGGUGCUUAGUGUACCUUUAUGCAGUUCACUGUGUCAGCAAAUGCGUAGGUUAAAUUAAAGGACCACUAUAGUGCCAGGAAAACAAACUUGUUUUCCUGGCACUAUAGGGUAUUUGGGUCCUCCCCACCCUCAGGGUCCCCCUCCCGCUGGGCUCUAGGAGGGGGAAGGGGAAAUCUCCUCCUUCUUCCGACAUCGCUUAAUGCGCAUGCGUGGCAAAGAGCCUACAGUGGUCCUUUUUAAGGCUGUGUAUGACAGCAUAGGCACUAAUGUUCCUAUUUCAAUGGGUAACAAAGACACACACAUGCAAUGCAACCACAAUGAGGGUUGGGCUCAUUUUAAAGAGAUUUUAACAGAAGUAAAUGAGCCUCCCUUGUUGUCUUUCACUAUGCAAUUGGCAUGCAUCUAUAAUGCCUGUUGUAUGUGAGAUUUUAAUUAAAAUGCUCCCCAACUCACAUUGUUAUGGAGGUAUAUAUGAUCAGUAGUUUCUCACAUUUGUUAUGGAGGUACAGGUGAUACUCGAAAAAUUUAAAUAUUGUGCAAAAGUUCAUUUAUUUCAGUAAUGCAACGUAAAAGGGGAAGCUAAUAUAAGAGACUCAUUACAUGCAAAGCAAGAUAGUUAAAGCUGUGAUUUGUCAUAAGAGCGAUAAUUAUGGCUUAUAGCUCAUGAAAACCCCAAAUCCACAAUCUCAUUAAAUUAGAAUAUUGUGAAAAGAUGCAAUAUUCUAGGCUCACAGUGUCCCACUCUAAUCAGCUAAGUAAGCCAUAACACUUGCAAAAGGUUUCUGAGCCUUUAAAUGGUCUUUCAGUCCGGUUCAGUAGGAAUCACAAUCAUGGGGAAGACUGCUGACCUGACAGUUGUGCAGGAAACAAUCAUUGACACCCUCCAUAAGGAGGGAAAGCCUCAAAAGGUAAUUGCGAAGGAAGUUGGAUAUUCCCAAAGUGCUGUAUCAAAGCACAUUAAUAGAAAGUUUUGUGAAAGAAAAAGGUGCACAAACAGCAGGGAUGACCGCAGCCUGGAGAGGAUUGUCAUGAAAAGGCCAUUCAAAAGUGUUGGGGACUUUCACAAGGAGUGGACUGAGCCUGGAGUCAGUGCAUCAAGAGCCACCACACACAGACGCAUCCUGGACAUGGGCUUCAGAUGUCGUAUUCCUCUUGUCAAGCCACUCCUAAACAACAAACAACGUCAGAAGCGUCUUACCUGGGCUAAAGAAAAACAGACCUGGUCUGUUGCUCAGUGGUCCAAAGUCCUCUUUUCUGAUGAGAGCAACUUUUGCAUCUCAUUUGGAAACCAAGGACCCAGAGUCUGGAGGAACAAUGGAGAGGCACACACUGCAAGAUAAGAAAAAAUUGUAAAUAAAAAUUUAAUAAAAUAUCCAGGAGUUGUUUGUAGCUGUGGACUAAUAUUUUUGCAAUGUAGUUUGCCAAAGAGAAAAAACUAUUCAAUAAAAUGAAGCAGUAACAUCCAAUAUUUUCUUUCUCUAAGAAGGAUCUCUGAUGAAGUGAGAGAAGUCUCACGAAACGCAAUAGGACGACAUUCAGAACGACACUGCAUUGCUUUCCGGCAUCUACCGAAAUACUGCCGACUUCUAUCUGGAACGCAGAAAGGAAACCUGGUGAAACGCACGCGGCUCGAAUACCACCGAUCCAUUCAUUCAAGUGACGAUUGGAUAGUCUAUUCACUUUCUUCAGCUGCUUACUUCAUCCUCCUGCUUCAAAUCCAGCAUAUAUUUGAUACAAUGUGAGUGUAUCGUUUACCCUUUUUUAAAGCUUAUUCUACAAUAAAUAUUUUUAUUCAGCACUUGGAUUUUAUAACUUUAUUUCCUCUCACUAGGAGUAAAGUGUUACUACAACUGAAGGCUACUUAAUAUAGCCUGUCAGUUAUUUAAUGUGUAUUCUUUUGGUACAAGAUACAAUAUUUAAAAUAUAAGGACCAUGUAUAUUGUUAUAUUGUAUUAUACAAAAUAACUAAUUCAGUAUCUAGAUACCAGUUCAUCUAUAACUGGAGUGAACUGAAUUAGCUUACAAAUAUAGGAUCUUAAAAGACUGUCAUUUUUAUUUUAUUUCAUUUUAUUUAAUUUAUUUUUUAAUCAAAAGACUGUCAAGCAUUGGACUUUAUAAAUUUAAGUUUCCUUCUCAGAGAAAGAAAAUAUUGGAUGUUACUGCUUCAUUUUAUUGAAUAGUUUUUUCUCUUUGGCAAACUACAUUGCAAAAAUAUUAGUCCACAGCUACAAACAACUCCUGGAUAUUUUAUUAAAUUUUUAUUUAAAAAUGUUUCUUAUGCUUGCACUAUUAGAGAUUUGUUAGUGGAGUCUCUAUUUUUUUCAGUUGAGCAGUUUUUAGCUUUGCCACAAUUUAUUCUCUAGAUAGAGGUUUCUUUUUAAGGAAUCUCAACUAUUAACCCUUUAGUUACAACACACUGCAAGAUGCUUGAAGUCCAGUGUGAAGUUUCCACAGUCUGUGUUGCUUUGGGGAGCCAUGUCAUCUGGUCCACUGUGCUUCAUUAAGUCCAGGGUCAACGCAGUCGUCUACCAGGAGAUUUUGGAGCACUUAAUGCUUCCUUCUGCAGAUGAGCUUUAUGUGGAUGCUGACUUCAUUUUCCAGCAGGACUCGGCACCUGCCCACACUGCCAAAAGCACCAAAGCCUGGUUCAAAGACCGUGGGAUUACUGUGCUUGAUUGGCCAGCAAACUCGCCUGACCUGAACCCCAUAGAGAAUCUAUGGGGCAUUGCCAACAGAAAGAUAAGACAUGAGACCGAAUAAUGCUGAAGGCCGCUAUUGAAGCAUCCUGGUCUUCCAGAACACCUCAGCAGUGCCACAGACUGAGGCAGUAAUUACUGCAAAAGGGGCCCAAACGAAGUACUGAGUCCAUAUGCAUGCUUAUACUUUUUAGAGGUCCGAUAUUGUUCUAUGUGCAUUCCUUGUUUUAUUGAUUUCAUGUAAUAUUCUAAUUUACUGAGAUUGUAGAUUUGGGGUUUUCAUGAGCUGUAAGUCAUAAUCAUCGCACAUAUGACAAAUCACGGCUUGAACUAUCUUGCUUUGCAUGUAAUCUUAUCUUAUCUUAAUCUCAUAUAUUAGUUCCCCUUUUACGUUGCAUUACUGAAAUAAAUUAACUUUUGCACGAUAUUCUAAUUUUUCGAGUAUCACCUGUAUAUAUGAUCAGUAGUUUCUCCCAUUGUUAUGGAGGUGUGUGUAUGUGUGUGUAUAUGUAUGUAUAUGUAUGUAUGUGUGUAUAUAUAUAUAUAUAUAUAUAUAUGUGUAUAUGUGUGUGUAUAUGUAUAUGUAUAUAUAUAUAUAUAUAUAUAUGAUCAGUAGUUUCUCACAUUGUUAUGGAGGUAUAUAUGAGAUCAUAUAUACCUGUAUAUAUGAUCAGUAGUUUCUCCCAUUGUUAUGGAGGUGUAUAUGAGAUCAGUAGUUUCUCCCAUUGUUAUGGCGGUGUAUAUGAUCAGCAAUUUCUGGAAUAUUGACUGCUACUAAUUUGUUGCAGUUUUCCUCUUGGGUAAGUUUGUGUUUGUGUGUUUUUUAGGGAUGAUGAGGGGGAUUUCCAUGCUCUUCUACUUAUAUUCCUUCUUGCAUCUUUGCUGUGCCAAUUAGGGCCAGUGACAUCAUCAGUAAUGGGAAAUAGUAAAAUGAAAUCCAAAUUGCAGAAAGACAAGCACUCUCAAAGAGGAUUCUGAUAAGAAGUCUGCUUUUAAAUUCCUAUAACAGUCUGUGUUUUAAGCUGUCUAUUUUGUAGUGUUAAGCUGUAGAAAUUGCUUGGCUUUCUUUUAAUUUUGCUUUCUAACAAUUCUGGUUUUGAGACUAGUGUGUGUAUUUUGUUUUUUGUUUUUUGGAAAGUGGUUUAGUCACAACUACAAACCAAAGUGAAAAGGUUACCUGAUGAUAUAUAGUCCUACAGCAGUAUCUUGCUCCAGGUGACAGAAAAAUGACUAGCUAGACAUUAAGGGAUGACCACUGUGUUUCCUGCCAAAUGCCUUAAACAGUCAAUUAUCCUAUGCACAGUUAAGGGCUGUGAGCCAUAAAAUGUGCCCUUGGUAUUGUCAACUGAGUAGAGCAUUGAUUGAUUGGCUCAGCACAUUGAAGAAUUUUGAGUAGGCCAGAUCCAGCCUGCUGGGCUUUGCUUAGUUUUACUGUUUACCUCCCUUUUUGCAUCCUGUCGUAAAAUAUUAUGACCCCUGUUUUAACAAUGUUUGAAAGGAGAAGAGGUGAAGAAUAAAUGCCCAGAGGAAAUAAUGUCUUUACAAUUUGGAGAAGUACAACCAGAAGCAGAGCUCUUAUCUUUUCUUUUGAAGAAUGAGAAAAACAAUGUGAAAGGAACUUGGCAAACAAAUCCCAAUUCAGUCCAACUAGAAAAACUCUGGAAUAACUUUCUCUCUUUGUGAUGUUUACCCGUUUCACAACUUGCGGGUGUAUCUGAAGGGGAGGAGAGGUUCUUCAAUAAUUGGUUGUGUUUCCAAAUUUAGUCUGUACAAUCUCGCUAUUAGAAGCCAUUUUGCAUAACAAAUACAAUUGUGCUAGCCAGAUUUCUACAUGUUUUGUGGCAUAAUGGCCUUUAUGGAAUCCAGACUUGCCAGAACUGCAUCCUGGAAGCUCUAGCCAUUAUUUUGUGUUUAUUACCUACAAAAAUAUUGUAGCAUUGUACAAUACUGAAAUGAAACAUACACAUUUUUGUGGCAGGGAACAAGAGAUGUGGAGAAAGCAAGAGUUGAUUAUGACGGCAUGUCCUACUAGUGACUGCAAAUGCACACGUCUUGUUGGUUCCACAAUUUAAUUGGAACACUGCAUUCUAGUACACCAAUAAGUGGCUUAUCGAACCUGUUACUUGCAAUAACCUGUAAUGGAAACUGCACUAAUGCAACACAAUCAUCACGGAAAAAUUAGCCUGUGCUGAUAUUAACUUUAAAAAAGACUAUAGCUUGAGACACCCUAAAUGGUUGAUUCACUAGUUGUUCUCCUCCCCUCAAGAACAAUUUGAUAAAUAUGCCAUAUAUCGUAGCUCAGAUGUACCUUGAUCUUCUCCUUGUUUCAGUCACUACAAAUUACUCUAUAGUCAGACCUUGAGGGUCAGGCUAAGUUUAGCUGAACACACAUCAUCAUUUUGGGGAGAUUUUAACUCUUCAGAGGAAACUUAUGACCACUUGCCGACCAAGGUAGCAGUUAUAAAAAAAACGGCCCACUGAAACACAUGAGAUUUUGGAGUAGAUGGGAUAACCAUAGAUAGACAUAGCGCUGAUAGAGACAAUUUCCAAAUUUAAACAAAGAAUUUGUCCUCCUACCUUUAUUCUACUGUAUCACAACAAUUAAUUGCCUGGAAAAUGAAGACUGACUCCUAUGCCAAACUCUCCCUAUUUUCAGUCAUAAUCUUACUUGAUUCUUAUUGUUGCAAAUGGGAGGACCAAGAAACUCUUACUGAUGGGGAAACAGACUAAAGAUGUCCCUACUCUAGAUCUUUCUAAUGAUAGACUUGUUUAUAAGUCUAGCGUUAUAUGACUUACACAGCUGAUUUAAUAUACUAUGCAGCAGUCUGUAUAGCAUUGGGUUCCUUAAUCUACAACUGUACUUUAAAGGUUAAAUUUUUUUUCCUCUUUUGUUCUAAUGUUGGGUAUAAUUCUUUAGUUUUACAUACAGACUCCUAUCACCAUGACUUCUUCUAAAAGCAGAAGUGCUCAUGGUGAUUGCAUUAACUCUUUAAAGACUGCAGUGGUCUCUCACCAUUUUUUUGAUCUUUUGUAAUGCACACCGAAAAAGACUUAAUGAAAGAGGGAAAACAAUCUGGGUACUGUAAAGGUAGUUUUAUUCUUGUAGGCUUCCCAUUAAGUAAUGUUCCACAAUCCCUGAUCCUUCUCCAACAUAUAUCCAUGACUGACUAUUUUUAAUUGAUUGCGGUCAGACCCCAUACAAUUGAGUUGGUAGCAAGAAAGCAGAAAGCGUAAUCAUGGAUUUUUACUUCUUUUUCUUCGUGUCUACCUAUUUCCUUCUGCACUUUCUUAGAUUGUUCAUAUCAAGUUGUAUUGAGUGUCACGUAUUUGCUUUUGGAUAUAGCAAGUAAUGUAAUUUCCUGAAUGUUUAUUCUAUUUUUCCGUGGAAGAAAUGUAUUGUAUACAAAAAAGCAAUUCUGUAAGAUCUGCGGCAUGAUCUUUUCAAAGUUUUCGCUUACGUUAUGGUCUGCUGCAUGAGAAAUGUUUUAUUAACUAUUUUAAUCUUGAAUUUAUUUUUGGAAGGUUGCACCAGAAGAGUUUAAAAUCAGCAUUGGACGUGUGAAUGGUUGUUUGAAGAAGAAUCUCCCGCACAAUGUAAAGUGGCUGCUUUGUGGUUGUAUCUGCUGCUGUUGUACUCUAGGCUGUAGUUUGUGGCCAGUCAUAUGCUUAAACAAAAGGGUAAGUGCUGAUUGUAUACUUUCAUCGCAAUUUAUUUACAAUUCUGCUGUUAUUCCACCACUGUCAAAGCUAACGAACAAGAACAUGGAAAUACCAGUAAAUUUAUAUUCAAAUCUAUCAUCGUUGUCAGUAUGUUAUUACUUUAACUUGUAAUUUUGUUUACGGCAAAGUGAAAUGUGUAGACUUGAAAAUUAAUUUAAAACAAUUUGUCCUUCCAUUUAGUUUUAAAGGAACACUAUAGGGUCAGGAAAACAAACUUGUAUUCCUGACCCUAUUGUGUUUAAAAACGCCCUCUAGCCCCCCUGUAAUCCCCCCUUGCCUCUCUAAAUAUAGUAAAAUCUUACUUGUAUUUAAGUCUGCAGCUGCUGGCUCUGCCUGCCGACUUCAUCAGAAGUGGUGGUCUGAGCCAAUCACAAUGCUUUCCUUUAAGAUUGGCUCAGACUGUCAUAGAGACAGAUCAGGGGCAGAGCCACCACAAGUCAAACACAGCCCUGACCAACCCGCAUCUUCUCAUAGGGAUAAAUUGUAAUUAAUGCCUCUCUAUGAGGAAAGUUCAGUGUCUGCAUACAGAGGGUUGGUGGAGACACUGAAUGGCAGUGCUGCACACUAGGCAGGACUGCCCCAGGAAGCACCUCUAGCAGCCAUCUGAGAAGUGGCCAGUGGAGUUAUCACUAGGCUAUAAUGUAAAGAUUGCAUUUUCUCUGAAAAGACAGUGUUUACAGCAAAAAGCCUGAAGGUUAUGAUUCUACUCACCAGAACAAAUACAAUAAGCUGUAGUUUUUCUGGUCACUCUCUUUUUUUGCGGUUUUAAUUCUGUGUUGUCAACAGAUCCGAUCAAUCAAUGUUAUCCAGGUUGGUUUAAAUUGACACUGAUAACGCAGAACUAACAUGGCUGCAUUAGCAGUGCAACUGAGAUGUUGAUUGUCCCUUGGUGCUUCGUUUGUAUCAAACCAGGAGAUGAUGCCAGGACACUAUAGGCAACCUAGCCACUACUGUAGGCAGCUCAAGCGCUGAACUACAGCACCCAUGAUUCUCUGGCAAUCUGUUGCAUUUUUGAGAGUGAGAAACAAUACACAAUAUACAGUGCCCUUUUUUAUAUUGCUGUUAGAAUCUCUGUCACCCUCUACAAUGCAAAUGUAAUUCUAGUAGGGAAAUGAUAGAGUUCAUACAGGCUGGUAAUCAUCCCUAGAGUAUAAAUGAGUGAGGCUUAAAGGACCACUCUAGGCACCCAGACCACUUCAGCUUAAUGAAGUGGUCUGGGUGCCAGGUCCAGCUAGGAUUAACCCAUUUUUUCAUAAACAUAGCAGUUUCAGAGAAACUGCUAUGUUUGUGAAUGGGUUAAGCCUUCCCCUAUUUCCUCUAGUGGCUGUCACAUUGACAGCCGCUAGAGGCGCUUGCGUGCUUCUCACUGUGAUUUUCAGUGAGAACACGCCAGCAUCCAUAGGAAAGCAUUGUGAAUGCUUUCUUAUGUGACCGGGUGAAUGCGCGCGCAGCUCUUGCCGCGCGUGCGCAUUCAGCCGCAUGGGAGGAGAAGAGGAGGAUCGGAGGAUCAGAGGAGGAGAGCUCUCCACCCAGCGCUGGAAAAAGGUAAAUGUUUUAACCCCUUUCCCCUUUCCAGAGCCGGGCGGGAGGGGGACCCUGAGGGUGGGGGCACCCUCAGGGCACUAUAGUGCCAGGAAAAUGUGUAUGUUUUCCUGGCACUAUAGUGGUCCUUUAAUGGACUAAAUUCUGUCCUUCAAUUUAUAUUAACUUGUGGGAGUGAACAUAGGCGUGCGCAGCCUAUUGCAUUAGGGUGUGCACCCUAAAGCACAAACACACACGCCGUGUAUAUAUGUGUGUGUAUAUAUAUAUAUAUAUAUACAUACAUACACAUACUGCUCUGUGUGUGUGUGUGAGGGUGCUGUUAGUGCGUGUGUGUGUCUGUGCUGCCAUGCCUGAACUCUGGUGGUCCUAGUGAGUGAACUCUAGCCUGCAGGGCUAGAGUUCACUCUCACAAGAUCUGAGCGUGGCCGUGGCAACACUCCGACCUCGCGAGAGGAACCCAGCGGAACUGCUGGCUAGAGCUCCCCGGGUCCUCUCCUGCAUGUGGGCCGGUGAACAGGGCUGGACUGGGACAAAAAGUCAGCCCAGGCAGCCCACUAGGAAGGGUGGGCCAGAAAUGUGGCACGUUAUAUCGCCACUAUUGACACUAUUGUUAUGUUAGUGUGAUACCCCACCAGAGCAUUCAGUGCUGUCUGAUGGAGAAAAAGUCCUAGUGACUUGUCUCUGGUGUCCCCAUUAGUGGAAAAGGAUUGUUAACAUGUGUUUUGCACGUGUGGGAAUGCUCCCUGCAGUGUUAUAUGUGUUUGGAUCUUUUUUAUGUGAUUGCAUGUGUGUAAAGGAGAUCGGUUAUGCUGUAGAGUGUAAAGGGGUCUGUUUGUGGUGUAUAAUAUGUAGCUGGGGCCUGUAGUGUAUAGGUGUGUUUUUGGGCUGUAUAUUGUAUGUGUGUGUGUGUGUGUGUGUCUGUUUAUAGGGUCUUUAGAGUGUGUGUGCCUAGUGGUGUGUUGCGUUUGCAUGUAAGGACUGUAUUUCGUGUAUCUAGGAGUUGCAGGGGGUGGCAUUGUGUGUAUGCGUAUAGGUGUUGGGCACGUGUGUAUUGGUGUGGUAAUAAUAGGGGGUGUAGUGUGUGUUUAGGGGAGUUGUGUGUGCAUAGGGGUACAGUGGGUGCACAGGAGGUGUAUAUCGGCAUAGUAUGAAUGCAGUGGUGAGGUGUUUAUAGGGGUAUAGAGUGUGUAGUGCUUUUGUGUGUGUGCGUAUGCAGAGUAAUACGUGUGUUUAUAGGGAGUAUAGAGUUUGCGUAGUGAUUGAGUGCAGUGUAUAGGGGGUAUAGAGUGUGUGAGUGCAGAAGGUGUAGUGUGUAUAUAGGGGGUAUAGUGUGUAGUGUGUAUAUAGUGUGUGUAGGUGCAGGGGGUGUAGUGUUAUGUAUAGGGGGUAUAGAGUGUAGUAGCAGGGGGUGUAGUGUUAUGUAUAGGGGUAUAAUGUGUAGGUGCAGGGGGUGUAGUGUUAUGUAUAGGGUAUAGUGUGUAGGGUGUAUAUAGUGUGUUUAGGUGCAGGGGGUGUAGUGUUAUGUAUAGGGUAUAGUGUGUAGGGUGUAUAUAGUGUGUUUAGGUGCAGGGGGUGUAGUGUUAUGUAUAGGGGUAUAGUGUAUAGUGUGUGUAGGUGCAGAGGUGUAGUGUUAUGUAUGGGGGUAUAGUGUGUAUAUAGUGUGUAGGUGCAUAGGUGUAGUGUUAUGUAUGGGGGUAUAGUGUGUAUAUAGUGUGUAGGUGCAGGGGGUGUAGUGUUAUGUAUAGGGGUAUAGUGUGUAGGUGCAGGAGGUGUAGUGUUAUGUAUAGGGGUAUAGUGUGUAGUGUGUAUAUAGUGUGUGUAGGUGCAGGGGUGUAGUGUUAUGUAUAGGGGUAUAGUGUGUAGGGGGUGUAUAUAAGGUGUAUAGUGUGUGUAGGUGCAGUGUGUAUAUAGGGUGUAGUGAGUAAGUGGUGGGGUAUAGUUUAUGUAUAUAUUUUGAGUGUUUCAUUAUUUAAAUAAAAUAAAAAUAAAAAAACUUACUCCCCUUUCCCUUUGUUACCUUAUUACCUUUGCAGGGGGGGAGAGGGAGCACGCUGCUGAUCAUCCCUGGUGAUCCAGUGGGCUAGUGAUGUGGUCUGUACCUCCUCAGGGUACAGACCAUGCCUUUCUCUCGCGAGAGCUGGAGUUUCAGAGCGUUGCCGCUGGUUACCACGGCAACGCUCUGAAAAUAUCAGCGAUCGCGAGAGGGCUGCCCUGCGUGCAGCCUGGAGGCUGUUUGCUCCGUAUCCAGCUCUUCAGAGCCUCUCUCGCCGGCAAUCUGUUGUGCUUGAGCCGGCAGGGGAGAUAUUUUGAUCUUCCCUGCCGGCCUCGAUCCAUGCGUGGCGCACGGGGAUUAGGGUGUGCCCAGGCACACCCCGUGCGCACGCCUAUGGGAGUGAAGGAGUUAAUUGUUGCCUGAUGACCCCUCUCAGAUCAUGGCAUACAACUCCUAUGCAAAUUCAAAUGUAAUGACUUUGUUGCGGGUUAUUGGGUUUUUUUGGGGGGGGGGGUUUCAGGCAGAUAUUUAAUGGAAAUGUUUUCAAACUAAACUGUUUUAAUCUUAAAAAUACAUGCCAAGAGUGACUCUAAGAAACAAUGUUUUACUGUCAAACACCACAUUCACUUAUUCCAGCAAUAUUGUUGUGUGACACACCAGAGCUCUUAUUUAAUGUUAUAUUCACUGAUCCCUAAUAGGCUUAUGGAAUUUUUUUUAUUUUUAAAAUGGCAGAGUUGUAAUGAACAUGAUGCGUUCCUUUUGGAUAACAGGGGUGGAUCACAUUAAAAGGGUUCUUUGUGUAUAGAUUUUGUCAUUCACUCUCAUACUUCCCUAGACAAGAAGAUCCAUCCAUAAAUUGUUGGAAUGGGAAAAUAACAGAUUAUAUCAUAAGGUAAGCAGAGCAGAUCCAUGUUUGUGUAACGCAGUGAUUUUAAUGUGUACACUGUCUAUUAACAAUGCCACAAUUAAUGUAUUCCCAGCUUGGCUUGCACUGGAAGUUGAGCAGAAGGAAAUGCGAAUCUAACAAUAUGAUGGAAUAUGUAAGUAUGACUCUUCUUCCCCCUCCCCCUAACCCAAACUUGUAUUUUGUCUGUUUCUAACUUCUUUUAAAAAAAAAAAAUACAUUGGAUAAGAUUUUAGUUUUUUAUUAAGUAUUACUCAGAAAUUAAGGUAUUAUAUUUUGGAGUGAGCAGAACACUCUGUGACGAAUAUCUGGUCCUCACAAUGCAGACUGUAUAUAAAAUCUUUCUUAAACAAUAUAAAAAUGAACUGUAUAUAGCAACCAAAGCAUGUGGCAGAAAGACCAAAUUAAGACCUGCUUUGCACCUUUCACACCCCAUGUGGGUGCUAAUAAAUAAUCAGCGAGCAUAGUAUAUGCUGUAGAUUUCUUAAUGCAAGUUCAUCUAGACAGAUAACUGCACCACCAACAACAACAAAUAUACCACUUUAUAUUAUAAAUGUUAACACCCUGUAUUGUUAUACUAUCUCGAGAGCCGAUGCAAGGAUUUUUUGUCUACAAAGGCAGUGAUGCAUUGCCAAAGAUUGCUUUGAAGCUUCUUGAUACUUAUCCCCGCCACACCCAAUAUGAGUUUUAUAGCUUUGGAAUUCUGUGUUUUCCUCUGUUACAUUCCAUUUGUGGAGAAUUUAUUUAUUUAUUUAUUUUUUUUUUGGUUUGGACUACAACUGUGAUAAACCCUGACCUCUCCUCUGCAUUAAAAGUCACAGCAAUGUGUGUGUCCAUGAAGAGGUUGAAGGACUGUGGGGCUAAUUCAUAUAUAUCUAUUUGAAUUAUGUUUAUUCCCUCCUCCCCCUUGUUACUUUGGGCCAGGGAGGGGUGACAUUGAAAUCACUGAUGGCGAGAUAAUCUGGUGUGUACCUCCACCAAAUGGCAGACCUUAAAUAUUGCUGUUGUACGUUAUGGCAGUCUGAUAGUGCCUUGUAAGAGUAAUCUAUAAGGCCUGAAUCUGGCAAAGAUGCAGACCAGGUCGUCUCUGGACCCCUGUUCAAUAGGCCAUGAAGGGUCACACCACCAUCCUCUGCGUAGGCCAACCUCUCUGCACUUUUAAAACAUCUGACCAAGUGCGCCAAUUUUCAGCCUCUGGCCAGGGCUUCCUUUAAGCGGAACUGUUGUUUUGGAGAGUCUAUAUUCCCUAAGACGCCCAAAAUAAACCAGUCCAGUGGCUGCGAGAUGCAGGGGAGCCAGCUGUCUUUCACAUCUGCCGCCUUGUUAAAGCUGCAGGUCUCUGGCACUUCAGGUGCCAGGAGCCACAUCAGUGCUGUACUCUUGUGCACGCGUGAGAGUACAACACUGAGGUCUGCCAUUGAAAAUCGUGAAGUUGACGGCUGUUGGGAUUGGUCUAAAUUUAACAGAGGAGUUCCUCCUUUAGCAUAAGACAAAGUACUCCCUAUUUUGUAUAAUACAACAAAGUCCGCACCCAGAGGAUAUGAGUUGGUAAAGUUCAAACUCAUGUGCUACCUCCAGACUUCUACAACAUAAAUUACACGCAUUUGACCCCUUCAGUUUAAAAAAAUAGUAAGAUGAUUCUAAGCACCAUGACCACUGAGUGCGCCAGCUGAGCCAAUAAGCAUAUUGUAAGCAUAUUGCCAUUCAUUAUAACGCGCUACAGAAUUUGUUGGCGCUAUAUAAAUGCCGAUGAUGAUGAUGAUAAUGGCUUGAGAGGAAAUGCUAAUAGGUUCCUGGAAGACCCAUGUAAGUUGUUAAAAUGUUCUCAGGCUUCUGGAGGACAUGAGGGCAAGCCGCGCACCUUAACUACUACAGUGGUAAUGGUGCUUGAAAUACUUUUUAGUAUUAAAUAUCACUGUGCACUUUAGCAUUCAGUGAAGAAACAUAGUUUCUAUUUUAUUCUCUCUAUAUUAGUACUGGCCAAUAGCACGCAAUAUGAUUUUCCAGAUUUAUCCAUAGAAAAUUGUACAAUGUAAUGCAAUCAAAUUUGGCAUCAUUGGUGUACUGACAUCUUCCAUAUGUGCUACCAUGUGUUAUGUAGCUAUUUAAACAAUUGUACAACAAUGCAAAAAAAAUUAUUUGGUAAACCCCAAAAAGAUUGUAUAGGAGUAUUGCAUCACACAUGCAAUAAAUGCACAUUAAUCCAGGCGCGUACAACUGAUGUCAUGUUUUGCUACAACCUGCCCAUCAUCUCAUAAAUGAUUUAUCAGCACACAUAGUAAGAACAUCCAAAUGUUUCAUAGUGAUAGGAUCUUGGGUGAAUUAUAACAUUUUACAUUUGUGAAACAAAAAAAAAUCAUUAUUGGUGACUGUUGCAUAUAAAGGAUGUCCAACAGGUAGAUGUCCAUCUAUCAAAGAACUACAAUUCCUAUAAUGCAUUGACUUAAAGUAGAUCUGUCAAUUUGAUGGAAGUUUUACUUUGCCGCCGCCGCCAUCUAUACAAUGCAGAUCCUUUUCGGCUCCUAGCACUUCAGCUGCAAGAAACCAAGUCAGUGCUGUACACUUGUGCAUCUGUGAGAGUACAAGACUGAAGUCUACGGAGGUGUCCUCAAGACCAUUGGUUAUGUCAGCCUCUGUCUUUACAAUAAUACACAGUAGUCCCUAGUUUUUUUCUAACAACUUUGGAUUGUGUUGGGCUUUAAUGAAAUUCAAAUGCAGUCAUAGUUGGUGUUUCGUAAAGAUUAUAUAGUCUAUGAAAUGACAAAAAGUGACAUCCGCUGUAAGUUAGCUCCAUCUCUGCUUACAUGAACAACGAUGGUUGUUUCACUACAGUAACACCCAUCCUGUCACCCUGCUUUGCCCAUGUAUAAGACAUUUGGACAUGUUUGAGGACUUUCCCCAAGCACAGCAAUCCUCCCUAAUGACGCUGGCAUUCGUGCCAGUGCCUCAGAAUAGAAUAAGAUCAGUCACCUGCUUGGUUUGUUGCACUAUACAAGAGGGCAAUAGAAUUGCAUGUUGGAGAUUUCUCUCCGUCACAUCGUUGUCUGUAUAGACUGCACCCUUUCAGCAUAGAGGUGUAUGCUGAGAAUCUGUUGACAGAUGGGGAAAGGACUUCUUGGUGAUAUAAAGAGUCUUGAAAGUAUAUCCCAAAAAUAAUGAAGUCGCCACAGCGUGUAUGUAAAACUGAAAAAAUCAGUGAGAAAUGAAAUCUGUUAAAAAAAAAAAAUAAAUAAAAAAAAAUGGUACCUUUAACACAUUACUAAAGUCUUUUCCUAGGCCAACCAGACAUGAGGUGAUCAAUAGCUUAAGUGUUCUUGCAUAGCAAGACCACUUAAUGUUAUCUCACAUAUAUAUUAUUAAGUGUUCUUGCAUAGCAAGACCACUUAAUGUUAUCUCACAUAUAUAUUAAGUGUUCUUGCAUAGCAAUAAUUAAGUGUUCUUGCAUAGCAAUAACACUUAUUGUUAUCUCACAUAUAUAUUAUUAUUCUUAUUCUUAUUAUAGCCAAAUUUGCCACCCUAACUCCUCCCACAGUUUUUACACUACAUAGACAAAAAUUUACCAAAACGUGCAGAUUGUUCCCGAUCGGAUUACUAUUACUUUGUGGAACGUUUCGCCGAAUGGUUCACGGAAUAUCGUCGUUCUUGUGGCGCAAUUUGUCCCAUAGGAAUGAAUGGCAAAGCUAGAGUGGGAGCUGGCAAAAGCUGAAAAAUCAGGACAUGAUUUCUAAACUGCCACCACUCCCUUAUUUUCAGGCACACCUACACAAAUCUUAUAUCAAAACGUUCAGCUAUCCCUGCUGCCACUAAACAUGUCAACGGCUAAGCCAUAGUCCUGAUAGUUUUCACGAUAUAAUCAUUUGUUUGCAACUAACGCCGUCCAUUGACAUUCAUUGAAACUUCACUCUGCAAAGCUCAAAUUUGAAGUGCAGUUUCUAAACUGCGACUGUGCCUUCAUUUUUAAUACUUCAGAGACAUACUAUGCAUCAAAAUGUAGGUCUGGGUCUUGUGAUUCUCACAAUAUAAAGCUCUUCACUGUAGGAUUUAUAGUUUUUAAAAUACGACCGUUUGAAGGUGGCAACCGCCAAAAUACUCUGACCUGUGCCAGGCUGCAGCAGCAAGUGAUGUCAUAGUGAUGUCAUAGACAGGGCCUUUUGAACACCUGCUAAUGUUUUUAUAAAUGUAUGGUUUAAUGUAACUGUGCAACAACGUUGCAAUUAAAUGUGCUAUAUAAAUGAUGUUACUCCGCGCACUCCAGUUGUAGACUACUGGUGGAGGCAAGAACACUUCAUACAAUUUCCCCAGAAAUUGUAGCUUUUCUAGUUAAAACCUGAUGUCCUGGUAGAGCAAAUUAUCCCACUGACACAAAGGAAUCCAUAUAAUAAAAGGAAUUUGAAAAGUAUCUCUAACGAAAGAACCAUCUUUUAACCUCUGAAGUAGGUACUGAUUUGUUUGGGGGUUUUUUUUGUGGGGGGAGUGGCUAGUGGGCAUUAACCCUGGAAGAGAGGAGCGUGGAUGCGUAAGGCUCAGUAUAUUAUACGUGUAUAACUCAAGCUUGUUUGUAGUUGACCUCGUGUCAAACCCUGUGAUCAGUUUGGUCUUAAAUUUUGUAUACCAAAGGAUCCAAACCUAGAAUGUAAAUCAAGGCUGGUUCUGUUGUGUAGGAAAAAUUAUUUGGACAAAAAGAUGGAAUUAGAUAUUUUUACUAUUGGGGUGGAAUAUAAAUAGCUGUUAGUGCAGGACCCUGCUCUCCGACCAGUUUGUGUUAUUUAUGAGGGGACAUGUAUGUGUACCGUUGAUCAAAGUGCAGGCUUGGCACUGUGUGAGAUGCUGCUGGAUUGCUACACUAAGCCUGCUGAUGCACGUAGCUCUCCUCACUUGCUAGCGUCCACCAAGUUCAGUCAGGACACUACCCCGAAGUAGGCUCUGCUUCAUCAUAUCCUAUUCAGGAAUUUGUUCUACUUUUUUGUUUUGUUUUUUCACGCUAGUAUAUUGUUGUGAACUUAUUUUAGUUGAUUUGUUGUAUAUUAUAAAAUUUAAGUAGAUAACAUGUUGGCAGUAAUCUGCCCUCGAAGCAGCUUAUUUCCAUAAAUUUCAACCCUGAUAUUGACUCCAACUGAGUUUGUAUAAAAGCUGGCAGAAGUUGGAUCAUCAAGAUUUAUGUUGACUGCUGCUAAAAUAUGUGUACCGGAGCCUAGAAACGGACCCAGCAAGACGUGUGCUGCAUGGGUUCCCGCGAUCGACACCUAAAACGAGGCAUAACACCCGAGCUAAGACCGUACCUGACCGCAGAGCACAUCAAGCCUGUUCCCGACACACACCAGUGAUGCUGGGGAUCCUUCAUGGGAAUCUCUCCGCCACUGGAAAAUCGUCCUUGAGGCUCUGCGGCCUACCAAAGACCGGGCGGGCCAUGACGGGCGGAAAGAUGCUCAAACACCCCCCGGGCCGGGGUCAUCCCGGUCCCCACUGGUUAAAGAAGCAAACCCACGCUAUACCAGACAGACCGACAUCUGCCAUAUGGAGAAUCCGAAUGGGGCACUCAAGAUGGCGGACGAGCUCCCAGAGCAGGGGCAAGCUGCGCACGGACUGGUGCUGCUACAGCCAAGCUCCACUGCCGACAUGCUACAACGCAUAGACUGGGCAUUUGAAAGAUUCUGGCAGCAACUUGAAGCUAGGAUGAUGCCCACACAGCUCAAGCCACAUCGGAGACAUCGCACCGAUGGAGUCCUCAGAUACCCUGACCUCCUCGCGAGGAAAUUGAACCAGUCCAAGCCUGAAACCUACGUGCAGCAACAGACACCCAAGCGAGGUGAAAAGAACAUAGAGGAAGCAUCGGGACACCUACCGUACGCCACGAGACGCAGAAAACCCCCCGCGAUAUCGAACAGGGGCAGGGACUGCGAACAUUGUGCCUCGUUGCAACCCAAUGGACACUCCACAGGUGGGCAUAGGUUAGCCACAAGCACAGACCAGGACAUGGCCUUAGGCCUUCCCACAAGCUGGGCCGUAAAGUGGCAGCACUAAAACUAACUAAAGCUCCAUAGCGCUAUUUUGUUUGUUUUAUUUUGCUUUCUUGUGUCUUCAGUUUGUUCUAUAUUUUCUUGAAACCCACAAGGCAGCAAAGCAUUAGAGACGUAGACCAGUAGCAUGAAACUUUUAAUGUCAAUCUUAACAUGUUAUCAUAUGUCUGUCUUAACAUUGCCUAGCUACCGCCUAGCAAAUAACAUGCUCCAAGCAAAAUUUUAUGUGUAUUUAACUAUGAAUCCACUCAGACCGUAUACCUAGAUUCAAGUCAAGCAUGUUUAAAAUUAUAGUUAUGCUGAAAUUGUUGGAAAUGUUAUGUAACACUUAAUUAAUAUAAAAUGAGGCCGUCACUCAUAGGAGAUGUCGUAUUGUGUUAGCAUGUUCCCAGCCUGUAUGAACCACGUACAUCCCCCCCUUCUUUAUUCUGUAUCCCAUUUAACAAAUGCCUCAAUAAAAGAAAGAAUUAAAAAACGUGUGUGUACCGUCGAAAUGGGCACAGUAUUUGUCAACUAAAAAGGAGAGGUCUUUCUGAGGUUAAAUGUAAGGUGGCUUGAGUGUCUCUGUUUGGAACUAGAGAUGAUGCACUUUGCCUUUAACUAUACAGUAUGUUUAAUUAUUCAUUUUGAAGAAGCUUGUCCUUUAUCUAUGUUUUGGGAGUGCACUUUUCGGAAUGCCUUUUGCUUUUGUCUGGAUGAAUUUAGGGAAACUCUACUGAUUGUUUCUUAAAGGAUCACUAUAGCAUUAGGAAUAAAACCCUGUGCCCUACCUACAGACUUUGUUUUAGGUCUCUCCCCCCAUUUUCAGUAAAACCUGAUGAAAAGGUUUUUACUUACCUUUACUCCGGUGCAAUACUUGCUUGGAGUUGCAGGCCGCUCUGCCUCCAACCAUCUCAUCUGGUUCUCCAGCUGAUGGCCAGUCCAAUGCUACAUGUAGCAUCCAAAUGAAUGAAUUCAGUGCUUUCAUAUGAACUGCAACCUUUUGUGACCGUUUUAUACUGUCAGUGCAGUGGUGGUGUGUUUGACUCUUCAAUUUAAACAUUGCACUUUCUUCAGAACUAUAAUGUUUUACAUUGCAGGGUUAAAAUAACAGGACCGUGUACCCAAACCACUUCAUUGGGAAGUGGACUACUCUUGUCCCUGUAUAUUUCCUCCGCCUGACUUUCUUAGACUCUGGGCGGAGCUACAGUGUCAGUCCUGACAGCUGUCACCAUUAACUGCUACCAGAAUUGGCUGUCGUGGAGGACCUCAAUAGACCUCAGUGCUGAACUCUCAAUCAUGUGCGAGAGUACAGUAGUGACGUCUGCUGCUGGCGCUGAAGUACCGGGAUCUGAAGGGGAGCUACCAGAGGAAGAUAUUGGCACCUGCAAGGGACUGUUUCAGGUAAGUAAAUAUCACCUUUACUUGCCCCCCACCAGCUUUGUCACUGUCAGAGGUAUUCGCGAAUUUGGCAAAGUCACCAGACGGUGACAAUGCCGCUUUAACCCUUUCAAAUGUGUGAAUGGCAAAACAUCUGAACAGGUUGUGAUAAAUAUCAGUUUCUUGGGUAAUUCGAUUUCCUAAGUGAAAGCAGUGUAAUAGAGCUAAAGAAAUGUUUUGGAAUAACAUGCAUAUUGCCCCUCAAAAUCCUGUUAACCUUCUAUUUGUUUCUAUUAACAACUAAACAUGAUGUAAUUCAUUCUAACUAUAUCCUCUUUUCUUCUCAAUGCACCAAAAUAGACUACAUUGGCCUAUUUCAUAUUGUUAGAUAAGCUUUCUAAAUAAUUUAUUUAUUAUUUAUGUAUUAUAGAAACAUUUGAAUUUUGUAAUACUUUGAUCUAUUUAUAUAUUUUGUUAUAUAUGAUCCUAUUAAAAUGUUGAAAAAGAGAUCAUUUGAAAAGCUUAUCAAAUAGUAUUAAAUCAAAGCCAUUAUUGGGGAGCCAUUUUUGUGGAGAAACAUGUUAAAUCAGGGCCCCAAGAGCACCAUAUGUAACAGGGAUGGAGAAUGUUAAAUUUCGUUAUGAUGCUUACCUGUACACGACUUUGUAAUUUUGUGCAUAACUUUUUCCACCUUAACAAGCCAUAGUGUAAUACUUCUAAACACUAUUUUUCUUUUUCUAUUUUGCAGGUCAUUCUUAUAGAAUUCUUACCAAAAUAUCCAAUUUUUCGACCAGAUUGAAGAGGACCCACACAAGUUUUCUUUUUUCCUUUUUUCUUUAACCAUCCAUUCCUACCCUUAGUGCCUUGUAGACGGUAAUAGAAAGGAAGGAAUACUGUUACUGUGUUUUAAAAACACAAAGGGAUCUUUUUUUGUACAGCAUUAUAGUACCCUAAUAGCUCUUGUAUUUUCUAUAAUGCGUAAAAAAAUGAAAUUUGCACAUUUAUUUUUUUAUGUUAAUGGAGGCUUCUAUGUUGCACUCUUCAUUUUAGACCUUUUAUUGUCGGUCUGACACCCAUACGUUAAUAUAGUUACAAUGACAGAUCAACAUUAGUGCUGCUUUAAAUUCUAGCUUAUUGCCUUAUUGUUCCUGCAUUACCAGUUGUCCAUCUCUUCAAACGUGGUUUUAAUCCAUUUCAUUCUACCUCAUGUCUGAGUAGUGCUCCAGUGUUAACAGUAUGUUUUAAGUCUGAUGGUUUGUACCUAUUUCUCAAGUUGCUGUUUAGAUUAACUCCCUGUCACCGUACAGAAGUUAAUAUAAAUAUAUACACACACAUUUUUAUUUUUUUCUUUACAACUUGCCAAGUAGGCAUCGAUCUGUAUUUAAACGAUGUUUGUUUUGUGAGUGGGCACUAUAUAAAAAAAAAAAUAGAACUGAAAUGGAUUAUUUGUUAAACCAAAUACAACCUGUAAAUAUUGCCUUUUGUUUUUCUCUUCAGAAUUUAAAGUGUUAUGAUUGUUUACAGAAUGUAAUAUAGCUGUUACUAUUUUGCCAACAAUUCUACAUAAAUGUAAAUGUACUUCUUGAGCAUUAUUUGAUUGUAGAAAAACAGGAUUGUCUAACCUACAACCCACAAGCAGGGCAGGAAUGCAAUCCCUCCACAGGUGUUCUAAUACUACUUUCUCCUAGUAGUAUGGUUUCCAACACUGCUCAUCCUGCCUCAAACACUAGAACUGGCUUGUCUACACUAUUAAUAUCACUUAAUAUAUGUUGCACCCUUGGCUCUCUGCAUGGUUGGACUGACCUGUUGGUUGCAUGUGGUCAGUAGGGGGUGGGUGGUUACUUGUGUCAUGUGAUAUAAAGUCUUACAUCUUGUAAAGACUGACAAUGGCUGCUCUCCUUCUGAUCCAUCAUAAAUGAUAGUAUUUCCCUCAUUUACCAAUAUUAAAUAACCUCUGAUAUUUGGAGUAUGGGGGUGAAAACAAAAAAAUCUUUACAAGAGUGAAGUGCAUUAUGAGGUUUUAGACAUGUGAACUUGCAGUCACAUACCUUAUUUUAACACUCACUGAAACAAACCCAUCAACUUUAUACAAUCACAUGAUCACAUCUCAUGCAACAUUAUGAAUGUCUUUGCCUGUUAGUUGGUUGUACCUUAAUUAAACACUUAAGUUGGGAGACCCAUAAGGUUGGGCUUUGAUAUCCCUAAUGUUUUACACAAAUGUAAUACUUGCACAGAAUUGUCUAAGUUGAACCAGGCACCCUCACAUAUUGGUUGCAAUGUGUAUCUAGGUUACAGUUAGUUAUGUUGUGUGUAUUUUGUUGCUGGUUUUUGUUUUUUACAUCUAUAUCGAAUAGUUUUUCUCCAUGAGCCCACUUUUUCUGUCCUUUACUCCUGAAUUGUAGCGUUCCACAGAUAAAUGUCAUGCCUUGCAUUACCAUGCUUUGGUUGUAGUUUAGCUUUAUACAGCAGACAAGAUGACAUUUUGACUAUAAUCCACAGAAGUCCUUGCUGUGCUCAAAAAGCAUUGUUUACCGGUAAAGUUGAUUAAUGCUGUAGAAAGUAAGCUAAAUGUUUUCUGGUGGGAGCCAGUAAAUGCAUGAUCUUAAAAACCAGUUUUUCGCUCACCAGUGUCAAGAUACAUAUGUAGAUCACCCAUUUUAGCAAUGAGGUUACACAUUAUAUGGUGUUAUAAUACCCAAUUCCCAUGUACAGCAGCCCAUCUGAUCAACAUUUGUUUUCUCUUCUGCUAUGCCCAACAUAAGUGUGGUUGGUGGGGUUUUUUUUCCACCUCUACAUGAGUGAACACUGCAUUGCAUAUGUACCUUCACAUUGAGUUAACACAAUCCCACCAUCAAAUUACUACAUUUAAAUUAUAUGUAUACAUACAUACUCAUAUCAUUCUGAAAACUUGGUGGGUGUGAGAAAUCCAAUUCCAAUGUUCUCAUGCAAAAGGGUUGGGCAAACCUGGUAUAAACCAUUUAGCUUUGUUGAAAGCAAAGAAACCAUAUUUUUGAGUCGCUUUGCAGUGUGCUGCUGAUCCCUCUGUCAGCAGAGAUAAAGCCAUAAUUUUUGGGUGAAUAAUGGGGAGAACACUUAGAACCUGCAAUUUCAGCAAAUGCGUGUAAAAGAGCAGCAGCUGUUUUCUAUGUUUGUGGGUUGUUUUUUUUUGUUUUGUUUAGUUAAACUUUAAAGUUUGCACUGAAUACAUUAUUCUUUUUAACAAAUGUACUUUUAAAACUAGCAGCAUUUCAGUUUCUCUUAUAUCUUGGAGUAAACAAGACUGGUCAUGUUUUAAGGGUCUGCAAUUGUCAUGGGGAUGUAGUUGGCAAACUGCUUCUGUAAUUCUGAAGUAUUAGUUUUCUGCUGUUAAUAAAACGUUAUACACUACGCUACGACAUGCACUUCCACUGUCAAUAAACUUAGUUGUUUUUGUUUUUACACAUUUGUGUUGGUUUUAAAUGCAAAUGCUUUGUAGCAUGUGAUACUGUUUUUUUUUGGGGGGUGGGUUAAUCUGAGGAUUUUACUACUGUCAGGUUCUAAAAUGACGUGUGAAACAAGCAAUUUGUACAACACUCUUGCUGGAAGCAUUGAAUUUAUUCAUUAUUUCCAUUAUAUACCAGAGAUCCGAUUGCUGACACAAAUCUGUUCUUUGCAGAUGUGUGCAAAGAACGUCAGGGCAUAUCCUGUUUCCAGGAGAACAGCGCUCUUACCAUAUACAGGUGCUACGUACGUCAUAUUGAAAGAUUUGUAUCGGACAACAAAAUAAUUUCCUCGAUUACACUUAGGUUUAGGUAACAUUCACCACCUUGCUUGACACCAUUCUAGUACUUGCAGUGUAGGAAGGCUGAUUCAUGAGUGAUUGUUAAAUUAAUUUCCAUGGGUAAUUACCAAAAUAUUUUAUGGAACAUUUUUGUUGAAACCUAUGCCCAUCUCUAGCGGCAUGUUAGGUUAUUUGGAUAGUAAUGAACAUAUUGAUUAGGCUUACAUCUGCAGGCCACAGUUACUGAAACUAGAUAACUUUUAAAGGGACAACAGCAAUCCCCCAUUGAUUUACAGUCAAAAAUAAAACAAACUGUAUUUUUUAUUUUUUUUUGCCAAAAUUAUAUAGAACUCUUCAAACUAAAUUACCGAACAACCUCCUGUGGCCAUUUUAUGUGCAGCUUUCUUAAUGUGGGUUUUUGUUUUGUAGUCCUUAAAGGACCACUAUAGUGCCAGGAAAACAUACUCGUUUUCCUGGCUCUAUAGUGCCCUGAGGGUGCCCCCACCCUCAGGGACCCCCUCCCGCCCGGCUCUGGAAGGGGGAAAGGGGUAAAAACUUACCUUUUUCCUGCGCUGGGCGGGGAGCUCUCCUCCUUCUCUCCUCCUCCGUUCCUCCUCCUGGGCUGAAUGCGCACGCGCGGCAAGAGCUGCGCGCGCAUUCAGCCGGUCGCAUAGGAAAGCAUUUACAAUGCUUUCCUAUGGACGCUUGCGUGCUCUCACUGUGAAAAUCACAGUGAGAAGCACGCAAGCGCCUCUAGUGGCUGUCAAUGAGACGGCCACUAGAGGCUUUGGGGGAAGGCUUAACCCAUUAAUAAACAUAGCAGUUUCUCUGAAACUGCUAUGUUUAUAAAAAAAUGGGUUACCCCUAGCUGGACCUGGCACCCAGACCACUUCAUUAAGCUGAAGUGGUCUGGGUGCCUAGAGUGGUCCUUUAAGUUACAGCUGCUAUCAAAAUAAAUGGCUUUAGUCUGUUACAUAAGUAGUACCCAGAUAAACCACCCUUUCCCACUUCCAAUAAGUGGUACUUUCCUUGAGUAAUCAUAGGAUGCUGUUGGUCCUUACUCAAUGCAAACUGUCUUAGCUUGUUCUUGACAGUUGGACAUGACCCCUCCAGUUUAUUCACUGCACCAUUCGUAUACCUUACACCAUGCAACAGAUUUAUACUGAAAUGGAGAGAAGAUUAAAGGGAUACUAUAGUGCAAGGAAUACAAUUGCCUGCCCCUCGCUCCCACCCCAAUACCUCCCCAGAUAAAAAUCCCUUUAUUUACUUACCUGAUCCCAGUGCCGAUGCUCUGCCCCCCUCUGACGUCCUGCAAUUAGCAAGCGUUAAUGCGCACACACGGCAAGUGCCGCGCGUGCAUUAGACCUCCCCAGAGGAAAGUAUUGAGAGCGUUAGGACGCCCAGCAUCAGAUACCAGACCAAAGGUCUGUUUCAAUACAGGAAGCCCUCUGGUGGCUAUCUGGUAGACAGCCACUGGGGACAGACUUAGAGAUCCAAUGUAAACAUUGCAGUUUCUCUGGAACUGAUAUGUUUUACAUUGCAGCACAGUGCAAAAGGGACACUGCAUCCAGACCACUUCAAUGAGCUGAAGUGGUCUGGGUGCCUAUAGUGUCCCUGUAAUAUAAUCCUGCAGUGCCCCUCCCCCCCCCCCCCCCCCAAUCCCAUGUUGUUGAAGGGGUUUAAACCCCUUCAGUGACUUACCUGAAUCCAGCGCCGAUGUCCUGCGCUGCAUCAGGUUCCGCCUACGCUCCUACCCCACCGACGUCAGCCGCACGCACGCAUUAGACCAACGUAAAUGGAAAGCAUUAUUCAAUGCUUACCUAUGGGGAUUCUGGCGAUGCUGGAGGUCCUUAUGCAUAGCAUGAGGAUAUCCAGCGUCAUUUAAAACUUUUCGUGUUCUAAACACUUGUUUUGUGUUCUAAGAAGCCAGAAGGACUUAACCCUGCAAGGCACUUAUUGCAGUUUAUAAAAACUGGAAUAAUUACACUUGCAGGGUUAAGGGUGAUGGGAGUUGGCACCCAGACCACUCCAAUGGGUAGAAGUGGUCUGGGUGCCUGGAGUGUCCCUUUUAGUAUUCAGGCCAUUAACUCGGUAUCAACUUAGUUGAUACAAUUGUGUUAGUGAUUACAGCCUGUAGUCUUUCUGUGUAUGAUAUGGGAAGUUUUGCACACCUGGAUUUGGUUAGUUUCUUUCAUUCAGAUGUUACAUUUGAUGAGGCCUGUUGGUGGAGAGCCAUUUUCAUGCCUCUACAGAGAUUUUUGAUUGGGUUAAAGUCCGGAUUCUGGCAAGGCUAUUUAAGUACAUUCAAAGUUUUUCCUGAGCCAUUAUGUCUUGGCGCUGUGCUUAAGGUCAUUGACCUAUUGGAAGCCCAGUCUUAGGUCUUCAUGGAGUAUAUCUUUCCCUCAAAGCAGACCAGUCUUAGUCCCUGCCACUGAAAAACAAAGGCAGAGUAUGAUGCUACUACCAUCAAGCCUCACCUUUGGGAUGGUAUUACGCAGAUGCAGAGCAAUGCCUGGUUUCUGUCAUGUGCCUUGCUGUGAGGAGAGGCUUCUGUCUGCCAUAAGGGCCAGAUGGGUGGAGUAUUGCAGGGAUGGCUGCACUUGUGCAUGUUUCUCCAACUUCCACAUGUGAUCUCUGGAGCUCAUCUAGUGUAACUACAGGGUUACCUCUUACAAAGGCCCUUCUUUUGUGACGGUUCUAGGAAGAGUCCUGUUUGUUCCAAACUUAUUCCAGUUUUAAAAUGGACCUGUCAUGGGUAUUUAGUUUUUUGUUUUUAUUCUCUCUAUCCUUAUGCCCCUUGCAUCUUAAUUAUACUAUCCCUAUUGACAUGUGCCUUUAUAUUUAUCUGUUCAGGAUCUCAGUAUAGAGAUGCAGCCAUCUGUUUAUUUAAAUAAAUGUAAGUGUAACCAAAAAUCUAUCCCUGUAUUACCUAGAAACUCUGUAUCCUCGGCAGAAGAAUUACCUGCCGACAGGAACUAAAUGCUCAGAGGGAUCUGUGGGCCCCUAAUAGUUGACCACAAGCAAAACUGUGUGUUGGUUUUCACAACCCAUAGUUAAUCAUUAAGAGCCUGGACCAUAUGGACAUAUGUCUCUUCUAAAUCUGUUUUGCUAUUCUUAAAUACAGUACUCCCUGAUAAAGUUGACUGAAUAUCCCAGUGCUGGGAGUGCCCAUUGUACCUUGCACUUAAGUGCCAACCAGGCAGAAUGUCAGAUGGAUACUUCAUUCUCAACCAAACUGCGGCAAGCAGUGUGCUGGUGUUGACCCCACCCCGUCUACAAUCUAGAAAACAUUUUCACCUCUGCAUUUUGGCUUCUUUAAAUUUCCACAGGGUCUACACUUGCAUGGCAAUCUGUGCACUGUAAACAAAUAGAAAGCAAGGUGCUUGGUAUAUAUUGUUCUAUCACCUUAAGAGAUGGAAUUCAGUAUAAUAGAGACUUGAGGUCUGUUAUAUUGAAUACAUCUCUUAAGGCAAUAGUACACAAUAUAUACCAACCACCUUGCUUUAUAUUUGAUUAGUGGAGUGAACAAGCUUUUCUAGGUUUGGUAUAUAUUUUAUUUUAUUUUUGGAGGGCAUUACACAAAGUGUAAAUAUUGUGGAUGGCUGUAACAUAACUGACUAUGUCCUCAAUAUAAUCUUAUAAAAUAUUGUGGCUGUUUCUGUGGGUUGUUUUGUUUUUUUGUUUGUUUUUUAAAGUAUUUUUUACAAAUACUAGAAAAUAACCAAAUCCUGAAUCUCCUUUUCCUGAAAUCUAAAAUGGAGUUGAGUCCGUUUGGUUUGAGUAAUUGUUUGUGAAGUGGGAAGUUUCUCUAGCCCAGUUAUUUAUUGCAGAGAAUGGAAAAUUAAUUUCCCAUUUACGCUGUUUUAGCCAAAUUAGAAACUUCUAAUAGUUUGUCUGUUUUGCCUGUUAUUUGAAAUUCACUUCGAUAAGGUUUUUCACUAAAGUAAGAAUUGCUGGAAAUUCAAAGAUGUGUGGGUAGUCUCUACAUUAUUCACAAUCCCAUAUGCUGCUCAGUAGGCAGCAGUCUAAAUCUCUCGUAAACCAUUUACACAAGGAUUUCGAUCUAGUGCAAUUCUAAAAGCUGUGCGAUUUUCUUUUUUUUUUUUUUCUAAUUAACCAACUGAUUAUUCAUUUGACAGAUCUAAUUAAAAUUUGCAGGCAGUCAUAAGAAGAAAAGUGGGGGAGGAGAUUUGUUACUCUUUAAAUGGACACUUUAAUGACAUAUACCCUCCAUUCUAACAUUAAUUUAGCUAAACUAUAUUGGUUAAAUAUAAAAGUAUAGCUAUGAAGUUUACUUGUACACUCUGUGCCAACUAACUUAGUUUUCUCCAAUAGGAAAGUUAACAAUAUGACAGCUGUGGGGUGAAAGGUGUGAAAUCCCCCUAAUUUUUACAGAACCCAUCCCAAACUUAAGUGCCUAUUAUUGCAUUUUAUAUUUCUCCCCAAGUUGGGAAUAUAGCAAUACAGAUGAUAUUUAUAGGUAAGGGUUCAUAAUCGAAGAGGUUCCAGAAAAUGUUUAAAAAUAAUGCAUGUUGCAAAAGUUCCGUUAUUAUAGGGUAUUGUAGAGCAUGUCUUUGGAAAAAAAUAUAUAUAUAGCUUCUCCUAUAUUUGAUGGACUGGGGCUAUUGUGUCAAAUAGAUUACUGUGCCAUUUUCAAGGACAAAGUCCACCAUAGGUUAAGUACUACAUAAAGCUGCUAGAAUGAAUUGCAUUGGAAUUAACCCCAUUAAUUGGUGACUUGUGCUCUGAUGUUAAAGAACAUUGUUCCUUUAGAACUCAAACUCCCUUGGAUAAGGAUUUAUCAAUUCUCAAAAUAUUAAAGAAACUCAUGUUUAUCCCCUUGAGGUAAGUUGUUUUUUUUUUUCUCCUCCAAGUAGAGUGAAGUUUAGGGCUAGCCAACGGUUAUUCCAUAAUAAAUUAUACUCAAGCGUAGCCAGUGGUUGUUCUAUAAUCUCCUAAUUGUUGCAAAUUAUAAUUUGAUUGGCACACUUUUGAUUAAAAUAGCUGGUCUGGAAAACAUUCACCAACUUUUCUUUUUAGGUGGACUUUUAGUUUCAGAUUUUCUGUUUGGAUAUAAAUCCAAGAUUAAUUAAAACCUUGACUGCUCCAAGCGAAAUACUUUGACAUGGUCAUAAUUUGUUUUAUGAAUGUUUUUGAAAAUGUCUGACCCCAUUGAGUACACUACAUACACUCUUCAUAAUUUCAGCAUCCCACUACAGUUUGCAUUUAAUGUAGCACCUACCAGCCUGAAAUAUUGUCACGUAAACAAAUCACAAGCAAACAUUUGAUGUUUACAAAAAUUGUCAUGUUUACUAGAGCCAUUUUUCACAUAAUUAACCCCUUUUUGACAAGGAUCUGAGUAUAUCCCAAUAUACAAUAACAGACCAGACAUGUCCAGGUUAUGAAAUCAGUUACAUUAUUUGUGUGGUGACCAGUUUCCACAAUGUGUUUUAUUCCAUGUAUCUUUUAUACAGAAUCAUUUUUUUAUGUUAAUGUAUUAAUGUAAAUAUUUCCAUAUUGUUGCUAAUUCUGCUAUUUUCCAUCAUAACUUACAUAUGUAAAUAUCAUAACUGAAUUCAUGAAAUUCUGUGUAAAAGACUGAUUAAUAAGUUUGCACAUAUCCUGUUAUUACGUAGACUGUGUUCACAGGCAGAAGGGAAUACAUAAAAUCAUUAAUUGGGGUAAAAAUGAAUUUAUUUUAAAUGUUGAACUUGGAUUUCAUGUUUUCUGUUGGUGAAAAGACAAUCUACUGGCGGUCACAGAAUUGGACUAAUGGAACCUUUGUGAUGCCAGCUAUGUAAUGCUGAAAUAUAUUAGACUGCAGAAAACAUAGCCGUGCCAAGUAUUCAGAGACAAGAUGCAGUACCUGUGAGUGAAACUCAGUAAAAUAAGAAAUGUCAAGAAUUCAAAUAAAAUCAUCUUGGAAAUUGAGUGUGACUGCUUACUUUAAUAUUGGAUGCUUACUGUGUGCCAGACUGGUGGGCAGUAAUGUAACAAAAUCUCUGCAUAGUAGAGAGGUCCCAAAAUUAUUUCAAAAUACUUUCAUAAAUGUGUGUUUGACCAACAUUACCAGAACCAUUACAGCUCAAUGAAAUGCUUCUGAAGCAUAUAACCGGUCCCUGCAAGGUCAGCAGUGUAAAUGCUGCCUUUUAUAAGACUGACAGCCGCUAGAAGUACUUCCUGGACGAGGUCCUGCAACCAUAAAGAUGUACUGAAUCAGUACAUUUCUAUGAGAUGGUGAUUGGCACAGCUCGCUUUCCUUAUUCAUCCAAGGAGAUGGGGCAAUCAUAAUGGAGGAUGUUUGAGCUGAGCAACACAUUGAAU